UCCUUCGCUUGCCGUCAUCUGAGUUGCAGAGACAGAGAGAGAAGAUGAAGUACAAUCCUAGGGUUUCGAGCUCCCGCCGCAAGAACAGGAAGGCGCACUUCACAGCCCCGUCGAGCGUCCGCCGCGUCCUGAUGAGCUCACCUCUGGCGGCCGAUCUCCGAUCCAAGUACAACGUCCGAUCGAUGCCGGUUCGCAAGGACGACGAAGUUCAGGUGGUCAGAGGAACCUACAAGGGCCGCGAAGGCAAGGUCGUGCAGGUCUACCGUAAGAAAUGGGUGAUUCACAUCGAACGCAUCACUCGCGAGAAGGUCAAUGGAUCCACCGUCAACGUUGGAGUCAACCCCUCCAAGGUGGUUAUCACCAAGCUCCGCCUCGACAAGGAUCGCAAGUCGCUGCUCGAUCGCAAGGCCAAGGGCCGCGCCGCCGCCGAUAAGGACAAGGGCACCAAGUUCACCGCCGAGGAUAUCAUGCAGAGCGUCGAUUGAUUUGGAUAUCUAUUUGGUAUUUGCUUUUAUUGGGUUCGAGUUUCAUUAUAGAUGUCUAGAUGAUUUUGUUGGAAGUUCGCUAUGUUUUGAGUAUUUGGAUUUCUGAGACUUUGGUUUUUUUUUUUUUGCUCGGCGUUAAUGUCGAUAGUUAUGGAAUUGAUUUCAUACUUAAAUCUUGAUGCUUUAUAUUUAAAUUCGAUAUCUAUGUCAUGUGAUUUUGAUAUUA